AUGGCCAAGACAAAAAAAGACCCCAAAGAUGCAGCGGAGGCUACAGCAGAUAUAGAAAUGGUCGAUAUCGAGGAAAAGGUGAUUUUCCAGCUCUCGAAUGCUCAGUCUGAACUCGAACGCGCCAAUUUCCAGUCGCCAAAAAAGUCUAAGAAAGAGACAACAGAAAUAAUAAUUCCCAUUGAAGAUUUAUCCCCACUGGCAAAACCGCUCGCUCAAAAGAAACUCCUGAAAAAACUGAACAAGACUAUAAAGAAAGCUUCCAAGGCGCGCCAGAUUAAAAGAGGUGUCAAGGAGGUCGUGAAAGGAAUAAGGAAGGGCGAAAAAGGUCUUCUCAUCCUUGCGGCUGACAUUAGUCCAAUCGACAUAAUAUCUCACCUUCCGGUCCUGAGCGAAGAAGCUGGCGUCCCGUACGUUUUCGUAUCCUCAAAAGAAGAACUUGGUUAUGCAAGUUCGACAAAGCGACCGACGAGCUGUGUGAUGAUUUGCCCUGAUCAAAAGAAAAAGGCGAAGCGGAAAGAAGGAAAGGACGACAAGGAAGAUGAUUACAAGGACCUCUAUGAGGAGUGCUAUCGUGAGGUGGAGAAGAUGGAUACCCAGAUUGUAUUUUAG